CUUACGAUGGAAAGGCUGGUUGUCUAUCUACUGGUUAUUAGCACAGCUGUGAAGGCCAUGAUGUGUCCCAAACGCUGCAUGUGCCAAAAUCUCUCGCCGUCCUUCACCAUCCUCUGCACGAAGACGGGGCUCCUCUUUGUGCCCCCCAGCAUCGACAGGAGGACGGCCGAGCUAAGGCUAAUGGAUAAUUUUAUCACCACGCUUAGGAGAAAGGAUUUCGCAAACAUGACUAAUCUGAUCCAUUUGACGCUGUCGAGGAAUACAAUAAGUCAAAUCAUGCCUUACGCAUUUUUUGAUCUCAAAGGCCUCCACGCCUUGCACUUGGAUAGUAAUAGGCUGACUUACAUCAACGAGGAUCAUUUCAAAGGUUUAAUUAACCUCCGGCAUUUAAUACUGAGUAACAACCAGUUAAGUUAUAUCUCGCCCGGGUCGUUGGAUGACUUUAUCGAGACGAUCGAAGACCUGGAUCUGUCCUACAACAACCUUGUUAAUGUCCCUUGGGAAACCAUCGCCAAGCUUUCCAACGUCAACACGGUCAGUUUGGACCAUAACCUCAUUGAGUUUGUGCCGGAGGGCAUCUUCUCAAACCUUCACAAACUCGCCCGCUUAGACAUGACCUCCAACAAGUUGAAAAAGAUCCCUCCCGACCCUUUGUUUUCCCGAAUUCCGGUGUACGCCAAGUCUAAAGGAUCCCCCCUCUCGUCCCUGGUGCUCAGUUUCGGGGGGAAUCCUUUGCACUGCAACUGCGAGCUGGUGUGGUUGAGACGUCUCACCAGGGAGGACGACCUGGAGACCUGCGCCUCGCCACCCGAAUUGAUGGGCAAAUACUUCUGGUCUAUCAAAGAGGAGGAAUUUGUCUGUGAACCCCCGAUGAUAACGCACCGAACCCCAAAACUGACGGCGACCGAAGGCCAAAGCAUCUCUUUGAAGUGCAAAGCCGUUGGCGAUCCGGAUCCCUACGUUCGCUGGAUCUCGCCCGAUGGGAAGUUGGUCUCUAACACCUCCAGGACGGUUUCUUACGAGAACGGUACUCUGGAUAUUUUGGUUACUUUUUUGACUGACAAGGGGACGUUUACCUGCAUCGCGUCGAACGCGGCGGGAGAGUCAACGGCUCCCGUCGAGCUCCUCGUCGCUCCGUACCCCAACCUCGCCAACAGCACCAACUGUGACAAAGACGCGGAGCCCGGCGCCUCGGAUAUCCUCAUAUCUGCCAAGUCGAGCUUUCCGAACGAAACCAAGGCUCAGCAGGAGAAGGCGGUUGUGGUCGCCGAGUUGACGUCGUCCUCCGCUCUCAUCCAGUGGCCUUCGCAGCAUCACCUCCCCGGGAUUCGAAUGUACCAGAUCCAGUACAACAGCUCAGCGGAUGACAUCCUCGUCUACAGGUAA